AGCGGCAGAGACUCGCCGGGAUGGAGGCGGAGUCAGAUCAGCUGGAGCGAGUCCCUCUGCCACACAACUAACCCGGAGAACUGACCUAACGAGGAGAGAAAGCAGCAGCUUUUUGCUAUUGUCAGGCCACCGGUCAUGGCUAAAGAUCCACUGUCAGAAGCUGGGCUUCACUUUGAUGAACUCAACAAGUUACGAAUACUUGAACCUGAUGUUGGUCAGAAGACCACAGAGCUCAAAGAGGAGUGCAAGGACUUUGUUGACAAAAUUGGCCAGUUUCAGAAAAUAGUUGGUGGACUCAUCGAAAUGGUGGAUGAACUGGCCAAGGAAGCAGAAAAAGAAAAAAUGAAGGCCAUAGGAGCUAGAAAUCUACUGAAAUCAGUUGCGAAACAACGAGAGGCCCAGCAGCAGCAACUUCAGGCUCUGAUAGCAGAAAAGAAGAUGCAGCUGGAAAGGUAUCGGAUUGAAUAUGAAGCUCUCUCCAAAGUUGAGGCAGAGCAGAAUGAAUUCAUUGACCAGUUUAUACUGCAGAAAUGAGUCGUCUUCAUUCUGUCAAGUGGACAGAAAAUAUGAUGCUGUGCAUCUGACUCAAUGACUUCCUAUUAAGAAUUGGGAAUCAAAUAGGUCAUUCAAUUCACUACAUGGACUUACCAGCUGUCCCUCAUACAACCUCUUACUCCUCUUCAUUUUGUGCUUUAUCAUAGCUGGAUCCAGGAGUUACAAUUGUAACAUAUCUACACCAUCCUGAGUUGUAAUUUCAAAUGAAUACUAUUUAUACAGAAAUGAUGAUAUUUAUACUAUUUAUAUAAAAGCUAUUCUGUAUAUCUGAUUUAAUACCUUUUGCUACCACAAAGUAAAUACAGUAUCUGCAUGCUACUGUAAAUUUACACAUCAUAAGAAUUGAGUAUUUUUUUCUGUAGUUACACCCAUUUAGUUAUUUGAAACUUUGUUGUACAUUUUCCAUUUCUGUACGCCCCCGUUUUUGUUCUUGGGACCACAACAAAUGAGGUGCGUUAGAAGUUCAGGAAAUUAUAUAACCGGACAGUGCAUUCAUUUAUUUGUUUACAGUGCAUUAUUCAGACCUUACAGAUUAUAUCAAUGGACCUUAUUACUUUGACAAGCGCCGUGUAAAAUUGUUGUGCUUUUGAAUAAAACUAUUUUGCUUA